AUGGCGCCCCAUCCUUUAGAUAUUCUUUCGGUCGAAGAGACAAACAAGGCUCGGGAUAUCGUCGCCAGUCUUCACCCAGACACUGUUCUUAGCUUUCGCGAAAUUUACUUGGAGGAACCAGCGAAGAAAGACCUCAUUGACUUUCUAGCCGCCGAGCACGCUGGUAAAGAUGCUCCGCGCCCCCCUCGAACAGCCCUGGUGCAAUACGACGUGAUCGGAGCGGACCGAAUACCCCAGUACCAUGAAUCCAUCAUCGAUCUGGAUAAGAACAAGAGAGUCUCACAUGUUGAAGUCGACAAGUCCCAACAUGCAAGCCUUACGCUAUCGGAGUUUGAUACGCUGGUGGAAGCCUGCAAAGCCUCCCAGAAGUUCAAGGACAUUUGCGCCGAGAUCCAGCUUCCUGAUGGGUUCGAGGUGAUUGUGGAACCAUGGCCAUAUGGCGGCCCUCUCCCAGAGGAAGAAAACCGACGAUAUUUCCAAGGGCUGUGUUUCGCUCAAGACACCCGCUCUGGAAAUCCUGAUUCAAACUUUUAUGCCUACCCACUGCCCUUUAUCCCAGUUAUGGAUGCCCACACAAAGGAAAUCAUUCGGAUUGACCGGCUUGCGACGGGAGGCAAGGGCGAUGCUCUUGACGCUAUCACCUUUACGAAGAAUGUCAUCGACCAUUGCAAGCCAGCCGAGUAUGUGCCAGAACUCUUGCCUAAUGGCACACGGAAGAACUUGAAGCCCCUGAAUGUGUUGCAACCUGAAGGGCCCUCCUUCUCGGUAGAUGGUGGACUUAUCGAGUGGCAAAAUUGGAGAUUCCGAGUCAGCUUUAAUCCAAGAGAAGGCGCUGUCAUCCACGACGUCCACUUUGCUGGCAGGAGCGUGAUGUACCGGUUGAGCAUCAGCGAGAUGACUGUCCCGUAUGCAGACCCACGAGUGCCGUUCCCCAGAAAGCAGGCAUUCGAUUUCGGAGAUGGUGGAGCAGGAAACUGCGCCAACAACCUUUCUCUCGGCUGUGAUUGUCUCGGAGUCAUCAAAUACUUCGAUGCCGUGAUGGUCGGGUCGGAUGGCAAGGCAAAGGUGUCACCCAACGUGGUGUGCUUGCACGAGCAGGAUAACGGCAUAGGCUGGAAGCACACAAAUUGGCGGACUGGCCGGGCCGUUGUGACCAGGAACCGUGAACUGGUCGUGCAGUUCAUCAUCACCCUCGCAAACUACGAAUACAUUUUCGCUUACAAGUUCGACCAAGCAGGAGGAAUCACAGUUGAGACUCGAGCGACGGGGAUUGUCUCGGUUGUCAACAUCGAUCCAGGCAAGACCAGCGCAUAUGGAAAUGUUGUCUCGCCGGGUGCUUUGGCGCAGAACCACCAGCACGUGUUUUGCAUCCGACUAGACCCUGCGGUCGACGGGUACAAGAAUACGGUGCUGGCCGAGGAAUCGCGCCCUGUACCCUUGAACAAGGAGACGAACCCGUAUGGAAACUACUACGAAGUACGACAGACUGUUCUCGACAAGAGCCAAUGGCUUGAUGCGGAACCAAAGUAUAACCGCGUCGUCAAGGUGAUCAACAAAAACAAGACGAAUCCGAUCAGUGGGAAGCCUGUCGGCUACAAGUUCACUCCUGCGCCCACCCAGCUGCUGCUUGCCGAUCCACAGUCUAUUCAAGCACGACGGGCGCUGUUCGCUCAACACCACGUUUGGGUGACGAAGCACCUCGAUGGGGAGUUCUAUGCUGCCGGCCGAUACACUUUACAAAGCCGCGAUGAAAAGGGUGGUGUCGCAGACGCCAUUAAACGGAACGAAAAUAUCGAUGAUGAGGAUGUUGUCGUCUGGAACGUCUUUGGUUUGACACACAACCCUCGGGUGGAAGACUGGCCUGUCAUGCCUGUCGAGAUUCAUCAGCUACAGAUCAAACCCACCGACUUCUUCACAGAAAACCCGGCUAUCGAUGUGCCUUCCAGCAAGAACGAGGCGUCUGUUCUCGCCAACGGAACCACAAACGGUGCCACCAAUGGCGUGACAACCGGCUCCGCCUGCUGCUCCUAA